AGUAACGGGGGGAGAAUAUAUAGUGGCGUCCAAUGAAGCUGUGACUACAGAUCAUCUCCUAGAUGCGUCACUUUUAAGGAGACUCAUGCCGGCAGCCUUGUCAUUGCGUUCCAGUUUGGGAUGUCUGCUACCGGAAUGUCCCUUUUGCUCCUCGUGACCGCGGGUUGCACAUUCCAUUUCCUGCCUGCAUUCCGCAAGCCCUCGCAUCUCUGAGAAGUUCACUCCAAUCAUCUUCAGAGACACCUAACGACAAGGAUGGCUCGCUAUCUAACGCUGCUUCUGUGCUUCGCUACAGCCCUGAUUCCCACCGAUGGCUUCAACCUGGAGACCGUCCCGAGCAGAGUAUUUGAGGAAAAAGCCGAGUGGUUUGGCCAUCAGGUCUUGCAGGUGCAAUCUACACAAAAGUGGGUGGUGGUCAGCGCCCCGCUGGAAAACAACAGAACUGGGAAGCUCUUCCGUUGCCAGUAUGGAAGGAAAGCCUGCACUGAACUCCAAAUUGAAGGCACAACAGCGAAUAACAGCCAGGCUAUGGGCCUAUCGCUGAGCGGCAUUGGCGCAGGAGAGCUCAUGGCUUGUGGCCCUCACUACGAGUACGCCUGUGGGCACAACAUGUACCUGAGCGGAGUCUGCUACCGCAUGAAUGCAGAUUAUGAAUCCAGAGCUUACCAGAACAUCACGCCCGGAUACCAAGAAUGCACCGUGAAGCCGAUCGACAUUGUCUUUCUGAUUGAUGGAUCUGGCAGUGUAAAUCCUGCUGAUUUCCAGAGCAUGAAAACCUUCAUGACAGUGAUGAUCAAUCUAUUUCAAGGAAAAAAUGCCAAUUUUGCAGUUGUUCAGUUUUCCGGACGCCCAAAACUUCAGUUCAGUUUUAAUGAUUAUGCCAAGUUAGGAAACCCAGAAUCCCUUGUUGAUAGAAUCACACAAAUGUAUGGUGGCACAAAAACACCAACUGCAAUCAAAUAUGUGGCGGAGAACGUGUUUGUUCCCAACAUGGGAUCUCGAAGCAGUGCAUCCAAAAUACUCAUCACCAUCACUGACGGGGAGUCUCAAGAAACGUACUUCACUGAUGCUAUCAAUGCAGCCAAUGCAAAGAACAUCAUCCGCUACGCCAUUGGGGUUGGUGAAGCAUUCAGUAAGCGAGAAGCACAGCAGCAGCUGAAAACCAUCGCUUCCAAUGAUAACAAUGUCUUCCGCGUGGGUGAUUUCAGCGCUCUCAAUGGAAUUAAGGCUGAACUGCAGGAGAAAAUCUUCGCCAUUGAAGGAACUCAAAAGGACGCCCAAGUCAGUUCUUUCCAGUUGGAGUUGUCGCAAGGAGGCUUCAGCACUCUGGUCAGCUCUGAUGGACAUGUUCUUUUUGGAGCAGUGGGGGCCUACGACUGGUCUGGGGGAUUUUUUGAAGAAGGAUAUAAAGGUCUGGAUUUCUACAACAUGACUUUUCAGCACAGUGACAUGAAGGAGUCCUACAUGGGAUACACCAUGGAAAGUGCGACGGUGGGGAGCCUCAGCUACUUCAUUAUAGGAGCACCUCGUUACAGACACAGAGGGAGAGUCGUCGUGUUUCAGCAACACAUGAAGGGCCACAAGUACACCAUCGAUGGCCAACAGAUCGGUUCCUCUUUUGGGUCAGUGAUUUGCUCUGUUGACCUGACAAGCAAAGGACAAACGGACCUCCUGCUGGUUGGCGCCCCUCUGUAUUACAGUCCUGGAAGAGAAGGCCAGGUGUUUGUCUACCAAUUCGAUUCCCGUACCAGGCAGUUUGUUCUCACGAACUCUCUGAAGGGUGUGGAAGGCCAACCGUACUCCAGGUUUGGGGCAUCCAUUUCUCAAACCACAGACCUCAAUGGAGAUGGCAUGAACGAGGUGGCUGUGGGAGCUCCUCUGGAGAACGAUGGGCGAGGCAGCAUUUAUAUCUUUAAUGGAGGCUCAGAGGGGUUGAGGUCCUACAGCCAGAGAAUCGAAGCCCCCAAAAGUAUGGAUGGAAUGACUUUAUUCGGCCACUCUCUCAAUGGGAUCAUGGACUUGUCUGGAGAUCAAAUUCCAGACCUGGCAGUUGGAUCCCAAGGCAAAGUCUUAAUCCUGAGGUCGAGGCCAGUGCUCAGCGUGAAAACCACAAUCACCUACAAGCCUGACUUGAUAAAGACGAGCAGCAGCGACUGCCAAAAAGAGGCCAGCCACACGAUGGAGGUGUGCUUCACUGUCACAAAAGUCACCAAAGACAACGUAGCUGACGUUACUGCGUCCAUCAACUAUACCCUGGUGCUUGACGCUGGGAGACCCAGGUUCAGGGCCUUCUUCACUCCAGGCAUUCGACUGAACAAUGGCAUCUUCACGACCUCACCUGGGAGAGUCUGCAAGAACCACAAAUUAAUUAUACCGAACUGCCCGGAAGACUCGCUGAACGCUAUCACCAAUGAAGUGAGUUUCACACUCAAUGGUGAACCUUCCCCCUCUGCGGAAAACCUCAGACCCAUCAUGGACAGAAACACCAUCACCAGGCUCACAGCACCGCUGACAUUUGAGAGGAAUUGCGGCCAGGACAACGAAUGUACCGACUACCUGAGGCUGUCCUUCAACUUCUCAGGGAUAAAGUUCAUCAGUGUAGGCCUCUCGCCCGUAAUGAACCUGACUGCCUCCAUCCAGAACGACAACGAGGACUCUUACAACACGGCGGUGAUGCUCACGUACCCCUCAGGCCUUUCCUACCGGCGUGUCACUCUGCUGCAGCUAACUGAUAGAAUGACAGUCCGGUGUGACCCUGUAGCUGGAGGACCUGAGAACAGAGUAAGACAAACCACUUGCUCCAUCAACAGGCCCAUCUUCAGGAAGGACAGCAAGGCUGUGUUUAUGGCCACCUUCGAUGUGGAUGAGAACAGCCAGUUUAACAGGACCGUGAAGAUCCAGGCCAAUGCCACAAGCGAGAACCAGAAUCACAUGGGCAACGAGCGUUCAUACAGCAUGGAGAUUCCUGUCAAAUUCGCUAUCAACAUCUUGGUCAGGAACAAGGUUGAAGAGUCCACAAAGUACAUCAACUUCUCAGUGGGAAAGGAAGGUGUACAGCGGGUGGUGGAGCAUCACUAUGAGGUGGCCAAUUUGGGCAAAAGGCUCCUCCCUGUCACCUUGACGGUGAAGAUUCCAGUUAAGCUGGGAGAAAAGGACAUCUGGAAGAACCUUGAAUUUUCGGAGGGCUUUGUGUGCAAUACCACAGAGGAACCUUCCCCCAGUGGUACAGACAUCGUUGAGAACCUGAAGACUACGCCAAUUGUGAACUGCAGCCUCGCGCUCUGCAAGGUCCUCACAUGCAGCCUCAAGAACCUGCAAACAAGGAAGCCUGUCACCUUCAAGCUGAGGGGAAACGUCACAGCGGAGUGGAUCACCCAGACGAAGCAACGAAAGCUGAAUCUUCACAGCAGUGCGGAGCUGAGCUUCAAUGAGGACCAGUAUAUUCACCUGUUCACCACCGGCCGCAACCGCUACAUCCAAAGCCAGGUUGUCACUGAAAUUCAGCUCUAUGAGCCAUUCAACUACCUGCCAAUAGUGUUGGGGAGCACAGCUGGGGGGCUCCUCCUAUUGGCUCUCAUAACUGGCGCACUCUACAAGGCUGGCUUCUUUAAACGGCAGUACAAAGACAUGAUAAACGAGGCCGAGGACCCCUGUGAUGCCACAGAAAGCCCCAAAGAAGACUCUGCCUAAGA